AUGUUGGCUGGACGGUCAUUUUCUCUUGAAGUUCAGGCCUUCAUUCGCAAGUUAACCGCCCCCUAUGUCCCCAAAAAAAAUGUUGUUCCUACUUUUGACCCCACUAGGACCCACCCAGGAAGCCUCCUCAGCCCUAUCAGCUUUGAACUGCGUUGUAUACAGUCGAUUAUGUACUCGUUAGUCGUCGGAGCAAGCCAAUCUUCUCUCGGUGAGGCCGAGAUCUGA